AUGGCCUACUCCGCCGAACUUCGCCUCGCCUUGCGCGCCGUACACCGGGCGUCUCUGCUCACCAAAUCCGUUCUCCGCAGUCUCUCCAACAACGUGUCUGCGGAGACCAAAGCAGACGACAGUCCCGUUACAAUCGCGGAUUUCGCCGCUCAAGCUCUCCUAAUCUCCGCUUUGCAUGCUGCCUACCCUACAGAUGCGUUUUUGGGCGAGGAGAGCGCUGAUGCAUUGCGUCAGAACGAGGCACUGGCUGACCGCGUUUGGCAGCUUGUGCAACAGGCGGGGAGCGAGUUUCAUGUAGGCGGCACCGAGAGUGGUAAAGGAGACGGAAACUCGGUACAGGUUGAGGAGCUGGCUUCUCCGAAGAGUAAAGAAGAGAUGUUUGAGCUUAUUGAUCGGGGAGGUAAAGGAGAAAUCACCAGAAGAGGCCGAGUAUGGGUCAUGGAUCCUGUGGAUGGCACAGCGACGUUCAUGCAAGGCCAACAGUACGCCGUUUGCCUUUGCCUGCUGGUUGAUGGCGUGCAACAAGUUGGAGUGAUUGCUUGCCCCAACCUCGCAUUUCCUAUUCAAGAAACUCUCGGCCAAACUUCAAUCCACGAAGAUCGUGUCGACACGGAUGGCUUUGGCGUAGUACUAUCUGCCGUCAAAGGACAAGGCACCUUUAUCCGCUCUAUGAACGCAUCUGCUUCUGCGGGACUAGGAGAACCCCGGCACGUAGAUUUGACCACUCUACCUCAAAAGAAGCCUUCCGAGCUAAAUUUUGUCGAAGCAACACUAGGCAAAACAUCGCUGUCGCAACCUGAGCACAACGCUGUUGCUACGUCACUUGGUGCCCAAUGGCCAGGCACGAUUCUUUGGUCUCAGCAAAUGAAAUACGUGGCUCUUACCCUUGGUGCUACAGAUGUCAUGGUGCGCAUCCCUAAGACCCUGGACCGCUUUACUUAUGUUUGGGAUCACGCUGGUGGCCAUCUCCUUUUCCAAGAAGCAGGCGGAGUUAUUAGCGACUUCAAGGGUGAACAAAUUGACUUUGCAAACGGACGGAAGAUCAAGGGAGAGCGGAACUGGGGUAUGAUUGCCUGUAUGCCUGGAUUGUUUGAAGAGGUUGGAAAGGCGGUAAUGGAGGUACUGAAAAAGAGAGAUAGCUAA